UUCGGGAAGAACAAAGUGAUGAUGGUGGCGCUGGGGCGCGAGGCGAGCAGCGAGUACAAGGAGAACCUGCACAAGGUGAGCAAACACCUGCGAGGAGAAGUUGGUCUGCUUUUCACUGACCGCACCAGAGACGAGGUGGACCAGUGGUUCUCCAAAUUCAAAGAGGUGGACUUUGCCCGUGCAGGCAACAAGGCCGCGUACACGGUGAGCCUGGACACAGGGCCCUUGGAGCAGUUCCCCCACUCCAUGGAGCCUCAGUUACGGCAGCUGGGAUUGCCAACGGCGCUGAAAAAAGGAGUGGUGACCUUACUUUCGGAUUACGAAGUCUGCAAAGAAGGGGACGUUCUCACCCCCGAGCAAGCCCGCGUCCUGAAACUCUUUGGCUACGAGAUGGCGGAGUUUAAAGUCACCAUCAAAUUUCUGUGGAAUUCUGAAACGGGAGACUUCCAGAAGCUUGUGGGAGACUCAGUGGAGGAAGAGGAGGAGGAAAUGGAGGAGGAUGACAGCGAUGAGGACUAG